ACGCAUAGGGACUACCAAAAUGGCGAAAACAUAAACUGAACUGAUAUCGUUGUUGUAAAGUAUAUUGCAGACCGAUUCGCAGAUAUUUCCACUCAGAGAGUCACCGUACGAGCAUAACGCGUCUCAGCAAAGAUGGAGGAUGAAGAGACAGCAUUGGCUUUGAUCAGAUACUAUUGCUAUGAAAAGUAUUUCAGUCAUGCUGUUAUCGCUGCAGCAGCUGCUCAGAGGAAGUUCAGCAAUGAUCCCAUCUACAGUUUUUUCCAUGCUUAUGGUACCCUUAUGCAAGAUGAAAUUCAGGAGGCCUCAGUAGAGUUGGACACAAUUAGAGACAGUAGAGAUGUGGCUCUCUGCACUCUAAUGGCCCUUGUCUAUGCUGAGAAAAAAAAGACUAACCCAGACAGAGAAGUCAUUCAGGAACUUGAUGCUAAGGUCAAAGAGGAUCGAAAAAGUGCUUCACCCAAGAGUCUGUACCAUGCUGGGAUGUUUCUCUGGCUUUUGGGGCGAAAUGACAAGGCAAGGGAGUACACAGAGAGAAUGAUCAAACUCUCAAAAGGCUCCAGAGAGGGGACAGUCCUGAAGGCCUGGAUAGAUGUGACAUCUGGUAAAGAUGCCUACGCCAGAAAGGCUGGAAAAUACUUUGAUGAAGCCCUAAAAGAGAAAGCAGAUGUUUUUGCGCUCAUGGGAAAGGCACAAUACUAUGAAUACCGUCAGAACUACUCAGGAGCAUUGGAGAUGGUUAACCAGGUCAUUGUCAGUUUCCCUGGGUUCCUGCCUGCACUCAAUAAGAAGAUGAAACUGUUGCUCAGCCUUCAGGACUGGGAACAAACCAUAGAUGCAGCUCACAGGCUCUUACAGAAGGAUAAAAAUAACCCGGAGGCCCUGCAGAUGCUGGCUCUGUAUUCUUUGUGUCGGGAGGGGGAUAUUACUGAGGCAGUAAAGCAGCUUUCAACCCUCUUUGGCAGCUUGGAGGUAGUGGAACCACACAACCCAGAGCUUUUUUACAGGAUGUCUCUAGCAUUCACCCGUGUUUGUGAACGAAACGAGAAGAUAAUCGAGCAAACAUUUCGGAUGGUGGAAAGAGCCUUCUCGGCUGCAUCAGGAGACUCAGAUUUAGCAACGGAGCUGGGCUACCAGUCAGUGCUUCAUGGCAGAAUCAAGGACGCUUUGAAGUGGUACAAGACGGCCAUGACUCUGGAUGAAACGAGUGUUUCUGCCAUGACUGGUAUAAUUCGUUGCCAGCUGACAGAGGGCCACCUGGAAGACGCAGAAGAACGCUUGGAAUGUCUGACAGACAUUCAACAAUCUAUUGGAAAGUCAGCGGACCUACUGUACUUGCGUGCUGUUCUGGCAGUGAAGAAGCGUCGGCCUCAGGAGGAGGUGACAAACCUUUUGAACGAUGCCGUGGACACACACUUCUCCACGCUGCAGGGCCUGCCUCUGGGAGUCGAGUACUUUGAGAAGCUGAACCCUGACUUCCUGUUGGAGAUUGUCAAAGAGUACAUUGCUCUCUGCCCUGCCAAGCCUCCAGCACAGGGUCUGCCUCCCGCCCCUCUGCUCCAGCACUGCACCACAUUGUUGGACACUGUGGUCAAGAUUGUUCCUGGUCUCCCUCAGGGGGUCUUCCUCUUGGCCAAAGUCCGAUAUCAGUCUGGAGACAUUGAUGCUGCUCAGAGCAGCCUGCAACACUGUCUGGACCAGUGUCCUUCUCAUGCAGACGCUCAUCUGCUGAUGGCACAGAUCUAUCUGCAGCAGGGGAACUUUGCAUUGUGCUCCCAGUCUCUCGAGCUCUGCCUCAGCCACAACUUUGAGAUUCGAGAUCACCCGUUGUACCACCUGAUCAAGGCUCAGACUCAGAAGAAAAUGGGUGAGCUGAAAGAGGCUAUUCAGACACUGCAGAUGGCCAUGAGUCUUCCAGGCGUCCGCAGAGCUGGAUCCUCGUACAAGUCCAAGAACAAGAACAUCGAGCUGAGUCCUGCAGACUGUGUCUCUGUCUUAUUGGAGUUAGCGGAGACCCUGUGGCUCAAUGGAGAACAGCAUGAAGCAGCGAAAGUGAUGCAGGAUGCCAUCAACGAGUUCUCGGGGACCCCUGAGGAACUACGUGUCACUAUUGCAAACGCAGACCUGGCACUGCUCCGCGGCGACACUGAGCUGGCGCUGAGCAUGCUCAGGAACAUUACCCCGGAGCAGCCCUACUACAUCCAGGCCAAAGAGAAAAUGGGUGAUAUAUAUCUGAACCACAGGAAGGACAAACGUCUGUAUGCAAGCUGUUACAGAGAAAUGGUGGAGAAACUGCCAAGCCCCCAUACGUACCUAUUACUAGGAGAUGCCUUCAUUAACAUUCAAGAACCAGAGAAAGCCAUCGAGGUUUACGAGAACGCUCUGAAGAAAAACCCCAAAGAUGGAGCUUUAGCCAGCAAGAUCGGGAAAGCCCUCGUCAAGACUCACAACUACGUCAAGGCAAUGAAUUACUACGAAUCUGCCCUGAAGACUGAGCAACAGAACUUCCUGCGCUACGACCUGGCUGAGCUGCUAAUGAAGAUGAAGCAUUACGAGCGCUGUGAGAGAGUGCUGUAUGAAGCUCUGGCUCAUGAACCAGUAAAUGAACUGCAGGCGCUCUCGGAUGAUUGUCGUUAUCUGGUCCUGUUAGCAAAGAUCCAAAUUAAAGUUGACAAAAAUGAGGAUGCUUUACUUACACUACAAAAAGCCCGGGAUGUUCAGGCCAAAGUCCUGAAGCGGGUUCAGUUGGAGCAGCCCGAUGCCAUCCCCUUGCAAAAGCAGCUUGCCGCCGAGAUCUGUGCUGAGAUAGCUAAACACUACACGAGUCAGAGGGGCUAUGAGCGAGCAGUCAAAUUCUACAAAGAGGCUCUUGUGUAUUGUGAGACUGAUCGCAAGGUGAUGCUGGAGUUGGCCCGCUUGUAUCUCACUCUCGAUGAGGUCGAUGCAUGCCAAGAGCAAUGCAGCGUCAUUUUGAAGAACGACCAGUUUAAUGAAGAUGCAACUCUGAUGAUGGCGGACAUUAUGUUUAGGAAGCAGGACUACAACCAGGCUGUUUUCCAUUUUCAACAGCUCUUGGAGCGCAAACCAGACAACUACCUGACACUGUCCCGUCUUAUUGACUUGUUGAGGAGGGCUGGGAAGUUGGAAGAAGUCCCCAGAUUUAUCGAUAUGGCAGAAAAACACUCUUCCCGGACCAAGUUUGACCCGGGGUUCAACUACUGCAAAGGACUUUAUCUUUGGUUCACAGGGCAACCUAAUGAAGCACUGCGACACUUCAACAAAGCACGGAAAGACAACGACUGGGGUCAAAAUGCUGUGUACAACAUGAUCGAAAUCUACCUGAACCCCGACAACGACACCAUGGGAGGAGAAGUGUUCGAGACUUUGGAUGGGGAAAUAGGGAACUCCACUGAGAAGCAGGAGUCGGAGCAGCUGGCUGUGAGAACGGCUGAGAAGCUGCUGAAGGAGUUAAAGCCUCAGACAUCAGGUGGACAGGUGCAGCUGCGCAUCCUGGAGAACUACUGCUUUCUGGCUACUAAGCAGAAGGCCAAUGUAGAGAAAGCACUCGGGGUUUUCACAGAGGUCGCAAACAACGAGAAAGACCACGUUCCAGCUCUGUUGGCCAUGGCGACAGCUUACAUGAUGCUGAAACAAACCCCCCGAGCCAGGAACCAGCUCAAACGCAUAGCUAAGAUGAACUGGAGCAUUCCCGAUGCUGACGAGUUUGAGAAGAGCUGGCUGCUCUUGGCAGACAUCUACAUCCAUUCGGGGAAGUAUGACAUGGCCGGGGACCUUUUACAGAGAUGCCUCAACCAUAACAAGUCUUGCUGUAAAGCUCAUGAAUAUAGGGGCUACAUAAUGGAAAAAGACCAGGCUUUCUGUGAUGCAGCACACAGCUAUGAAAUGGCUUGGAAAUAUGGAAAUCAGACCAACCCAACUAUCGGAUACAAACUCGCAUUCAAUUACUUAAAAGCAAAGAGAUACGUGGAUGCCAUAGAUGUGUGUCAUAAGGUUCUGGCUGCUCAUCCGAAUUAUCCAAGGAUGAGAAAGGACAUCCUGGACAAAGCUCGUUCUGCGCUGAGAUCUUAGUGCUGAAAGUGAGAGCGCAGAGAGAAAGAGAGAAAGGAAGGGAAUGUUUCAGAGACAGAAUGAGGUUACUUUAGUGGUUUCCAGUUUUAUUGUAUUAACACAUUGCUAUGUCUUUCCUUUAAGAAAAGUAGGGUGCUGGCAAUCCUGAUCCUGCAGACACAUUGAAAAAUGCUGAGAGCAUUUCGGAUGUUUCUAAAUGCCUACAAAUUGAAAAAUUAUUUUAGAGCACAAAAACAAGGACAUAGUGCAGAAGGACAAGAACAGUAAGAACGUCCAAAAUAAAUACUUUUUCUAAUCUCAUUCAUAACAUGAAGUAUUUGUAUUAUCUGAAAUGUUUUAUUACUGUUUAUUUUUAUUGUCAUUUGAAUAGACAUGUUUUAUAUUGUCAUAUACGGAUGUAGAUAUGUUAUGAAUGGUUGUUACCAUAAUCUGAUAUUUAAAAAUAAAAAUAUUUCAAAACA